AUGGGACCGGGAGGUUUUGGUGAUCUCAAUGGACAGGUGGAUGACAUCAAACAGAGGGAACAUACAAAGGGCUGGGAGUCUACAUCUCAGGCCCUGGAGCUGAGGGCACAGUUAGUUAAGCCAUCGUAUGGGGACAGACAUCAGUUGGAAGCCAAUAGGCAACGCCUUGAACAACGAGAGGCUGAGCUCCGGGAGAGACUGGGGGAGGCCUUUCAAGGGCCUAACCCUGACAUACAGGCGCUGAGGGCAGUGUUGGAUCAGUUAACCCGAGAGGGACGGCAAAUGUUUGCGGAAAAGGAUCGAGAGGUCGACCCCGAGUUCGAGGUCCAGGUGCCGGAGUUCUCACAGAGUAUUGGGGAAGUGGAUGACGAGGCCCUGUACGUCAUGGAAGGGUACCUAAUCAAGGAGGUCUACCGCUUGGAUCGCCUGGUUCAGGGACUCAACCACCACCAACAGCACCAGGACCUCAUGGAAAGGGAUCUCAACAAGUUGUACCAGAUCCUGGAGUUCAGGGAUCAGUCACACAAGUACCAGCUACAGGUCCUCAUGGAGGGGCUCCUCAACCACAAACCUAAUAUCCAUAAGGAACUGGAUGUAAAUGUGGAUGAAAUGGGGAAUAGCCAAUUUAGCAGUAAUACUAUCGUACUACCGAAUGACCACGUUAUAUCAUCAGGGCAGGUUUACAUUGAGGGAGAGACACCACAAUCAACCGGACUUACUCCAUUGUCAAAUGCACAGCACCAGGGACAAGUUAUACAAGUGUCAACCUCUGGUGCCUACCGCACGAAGGAAUGGGAUCUGGAUAUUAACAAAAAUUGGGAAAUCCAACCUAAUGUUGCGGUACUACCUAAUAGCACCGUUAUUCCACAACAAGUACUGGCUCCGGGAUCUCAAAAAUUAGCAUUCAAAAAUCAACUCAACAAAAUCAGGGGCCAGUUAUUCAGCCAUUACUUCCAGGUCCUCCAAAUCAAGUACCACCUCCCGGCCUCCAUGGGUCAGCCCUUUAGCCACAAGAAACAACUUCCGCACCUCAGGUACUCCUCCCACCACAAGGUACACCUACGGCACCAGUCCCUCAGCUACAAAACCCAACUACAGGGGCUCAAGCUCCGGUAUCUCUGGGAUCAACUCUGGGAACGACUCCAGCAGCUCGGACACCAGUCCCACAGUACCCGGGAAAUGUGCCCGAGCAGAAAAGUACAGCACCGUUACCUCAAGUGUCAACCGAUCAACACGUACCGGCUCAACCUAAUAGUACAGGUAGUCCACCGCUACAGAUACAGCCAUAUGGACAGACACUUCAACAACAAGGAACUGCUAGUGAAACACAAAUUAGCUUUCUCGCUUUGCCUGGGUCUGAGUCUGGGUCAGGGUGUGCCCGGUGUGCCCAGUGUGCCCAGUGUGCCAAAAAGUCAGUGUGCCGGUGUGCCCAGUGUGCCCGGUGUGCCCAGUGUGCCAAAAAGUAUAAAUAUCAACCAAAUAAUGAGAUACUCGAGACUACACUUUUUAAAUCCAGUUUCCAUUAUGAAAUUAGCUGAAAUAAUCAAGACAGUUGACACGAGCACCUAUACCUUGGUCCAAUUGCGUACAUAUUUUCGUACAAUAAGAAAGUGGGUCCCACAGUCCUUCAAACUGGUUGAGAGGGGAGACGCCUCUGUCGAGAACAUAGUCCGGGCCAUGAAGUUGGGCGCCGGCUAUCCGAUGGGUCCGUACGAGCUGUUGGACCUCCAGGGCAUCGAUACCGUGAAACUGGUGUUUGGGUCCCUUAUGGCCAGUAAUGACGAGUCGAUAGGGAUCUCGAAAAGCGAGUUAAUCGACAAAAUGGUCGGUGAGGGCAGACUCGGCCGUCAGACUGGACACGGAUUUUAA